AUGGAGAGAACCCACUGGCUGGCACAGCAGAGAACUGGCAGGGUGGCAGCCAGUGAUGUGGUUGUUGGUAUCAUCUUCUUGUCACAGACUGUGGUUGGAGCUCUGGGCAAUUCCUCUCUUCUCCUCCAUUAUCUGGUCCAUUACCUCAUAGGGUUCAAGGUAAGACACACGGACUUGAUUCUUCAGCACUUGAUUGUGGCCAACUUGUUAGCUCUCCUGUGUAGAGGUGUUCCCCAGACAGUGGAAGCUUUUGGAGUGAAAGGUUUCCUCAGUAAUUUUGGAUGUAAGCUGCUUUUCUAUCUUCACAGGGUGGGCAGGGGUGUGUCCAUUGGCAGCACCUGCUUCCUGAGUGUCUUCCAGGCCAUGAAGAUUAGUCCUGAGAAUUCCAGUUGUUCAGAGCUUAAAGUGAAAGCUCCCAAAUACAUUGGUUUCUUCAUAUACCUGAGCUGGAUUCUGUACGUGCUUGUAAAUAUUAUGAUUAUUUCACAUAUGACUGGAAAAAGGAGCAACAAUAAUAUCACAAGCAUGAAAGAUUAUGGAUACUGCUCUUCUGUUCGUCUUGACACAACCUCACUAUCACUGUAUGCAGUACUGGUAACAUUCCCCGAUGCCCUGUGUUUGGGGCUCAUGCUCUGGGCCAGCAGCUUCAUGGUGCUCAUCCUGCACAGGCACAAGCAGAUAAUGCAGCAUGUUCAUAAGACCAGCUCCCCCAGGUCUUCCCCUGAGUCCAGAGCCACCCAAACCAUCCUUCUUUUGGUGAGCACUUUUGUGUCUUUUUACACACUUUCCUGCAUUUUUCAGGUUUGUAUGAUUGUUAUUUAUAAUCCCCACUGGCUGCUGGUAAAGAUGGGUGCAAUAGUUUCUGGGAGUUUCCCAGCUCUCAGCCCCUUUCUGCUCAUGAGCAGGGACUCCAGUGCAUCCAGGCUUGGUCUCUCUGGAAUGAGGAAUAGAAAAAUCCCCAAUGUCAGGAGGAACGUGUAA